AUAUCCCGCGGAAAGGCAGGACGGAACAUGAAGAGAAGCCAUGACGGAUGUUGUGACGUGUCCAAUGGUCGCCAUUUCCCGGAGGAAGGAAACGCCUUGAAGUUGCCACAAGGCAAAAGCUCCUUACAAGGCAAACGUACAUUCCUGUCAGCACAUUCCUGUCAGCAGCAACAGUGCCAGCCAUGGGAAAUAUAUUUGAAACCCUGUUCAAAUUCUUGGGCAAGAAGGAAAUGAGGAUCCUCAUGGUGGGCUUGGAUGCGGCAGGCAAAACCACCAUUUUGUACAAACUCAAGCUUGGGGAGAUUGUUACCACCAUCCCAACAAUAGGCUUUAAUGUGGAGACGGUGGAGUACAAGAACAUCAGCUUUACGGUGUGGGACGUCGGUGGUCAGGACAAGAUUCGACCGCUGUGGCGUCAUUACUUUCAGAACACACAAGGUCUCAUUUUUGUGGUGGACAGCAACGACCGAGAUCGAUGCUCCGAGGCUCGCGAGGAGCUCAUGAGGAUGUUGGCCGAGGAUGAACUGAGCGGCGCUUUGCUAUUAGUUUUUGCUAAUAAACAGGACCUGCCCAAUGCCAUGACGGCAUCUGAGAUCACAGACAAGCUGGGUCUUCACUCCCUGCGCGACAGACAAUGGUACAUCCAGGCUACCUGCGCCACAAAUGGGGAGGGCCUCUACGAGGGACUCGAUUGGUUGUCCAACAGGCUGAAAAACCACUAACGCUCACCUCAUACGUUUUUACAUUCUGCCUUUACUGAGCUGUCGUUACAGCAGACACACUGGAUGAUUACCUCGUUUGGCCAAAGCUGACGCGUUUGUAUUUUAUGUAAUAGAUUUUGGUAAUGGGCCAACUUUACUUGAAUUUUUCUGGUCUGAUUGUUUGACUUUCGGUUGGGUGAUAAAUGAGGGAAGUGUGGAAUCAACUUUUCCCAGCAACCAUACGACCAAUUGGCAAAAAAAAGAUGCACUUGCGACAAUUUGCCAGAAUAACAAGAUCCAGGCCGCCUCCCAUUUGGUAAACACUGGAAUGUUACAUGCAACAUAUCUUGUUGGAAGGGCAUUUUCUUUUUCUAUUUUGUCUGUCUCAGGUCCACGUUUGCCUUAAAGAGCAUACACUAACUUAAAAACGAUGCACAACUUAUCACACGUUUGGCCCGCCUUGUACUGUAUGCAUUGUGACGGUACAAUGUCGUGGCUGUACUCGAUGCCUUUUGGAAAGAGAGGAAAGGCUUUUGAACAGCAAUAAAGAAUAUUUCCUCUGCAUUUUUUGCUUUGCACAUGGUUCACGUUUGGUAUAAACAGAAACCUAUAUCAUGCCUUCAUCUAUCAAAGUGUUGCCUCUUGUUUUUUCCUCAAUGUUACUGCACUGUUCUGAAUAUAGAUGGGGGUGGGGGUAUUUUUGUGAUUUCUAAUUAUUGAAAUAUUUGAAUUAAUCUAUGGGUGUUGCGAGUUAAGAAGCACUGUAAUAAAAGUGAAAUGGAUUCAGUGUACCUGUAAUUGAUUUUUCUCUAUACUUGACUGCAAUAAAAGUGGUUCAAUGUUACAAAAUUAA